GGACCCGGGGGGCGGGCGGCGCGAGCGGCGGGCGGGGCGCAGCGCGGCGGGACCGGGAGGCUGCGGCGCGGAAGGGGCGCGGGGCCCUCCGACCUCCCGCGUCCGUAGGCGGUGGCGGUGGCGGUGGCGGCGACGGCGGCGCGGACGGCAAGCGCUGCUGAGCCGGCCGCUCCAGGAUGAACCUCGGCUCCGAGAAGGGGAAGUAGAAGCCCAGCGGGGCCUCCGCUAUGGCCUGUGAACCACAGAUGGACCCUGGCGGGGCCGCGGGCCCCCUGCCCACUUCCUCCCAUGGCUGGAGCGCCCUGCCUCCGGGGAACCCUCCUGGCUGGGGGCAAGAACUCCGCAAUGGCCAGGUGCUCACGGUUCUCCGGGUCGACAACACCUGUGCACCCAUCUCCUUCGAUCUGGGGACGGCAGAAGACCAACUGCAGGCCUGGGGCAUUCAGGUGCCGGCUGACCAGUACAGGAGCUUGGCGGAGAGCGCCCUCUUGGAGCCCCAAGUGCGAAGAUACAUCAUCUACAACUCGAGGCCCAUGCGGCUGGCCUUUGCUGUGGUUUUCUACGUGGUGGUGUGGGCCAAUAUCUACUCCACCAGCCAGAUGUUUGCCCUGGGCAGCCACUGGGCGGGCGUGCUGCUCGUGACCCUGGCCGCGGUCAGCCUGACCCUGACCCUCAUGCUUGUCUUCGAGAGACACCAGAGGAAGGCCAACACCAACACUGACUUGAGGCUGGCGGCUGCCAAUGGAGCCCUGCUGAGACACCGGGUGCUGCUGGGGGUGACGGACACGGUGGAAGGAUGCCAGAGUGUGAUCCAGCUCUGGUUUGUCUACUUCGACCUGGAGGACUGCACCCAGUUUUUGUCUGACCACGUGCGAGAAAUGAAGACCAGCCAAGAGUCUUUGCUGAGAAGCAGACUGAGCCAGUUAUGCGUCGUCAUGGAGACCGGGGUGAGCCCAGAGGCGUCGGUGGUGGAGGGGCCGGCGGACCUGGAGGCUGCACCCCUCCUGCCCAGCACUGCUCGCCCUCCAGAGAGGGCGCUCAUGCAGACCGAGCUGCACCAGCUGGUUCCUGAGGCUGAGCCGGAGGAAAUGGCCCAGCAGCUGCUGGCGGUGUUCGGUGGCUACUACACCCGGCUUCUGGUGACCUCCCAGCUCCCCCAAGCCGCGGGGACACGGCACCUGGACUCUCCAAAGGUUCCCUGUCCCUGCCAGCUCAUAGAAGCCCACCUCCUGGGCGCCGGCUGCUGCCCAUUCCUGGCCAGGUGACCUCGGGAUGAAGAGCCUCAUUUUCCUCCAAGACUGAGAAGUGGGGGAGACCUCUGGCACCUGGGAUGGCCGAUGGUGAGCCCCAAGCUAGGAGGGGUGCAGCUGGGGCCCUGUCGGCGUGGCUUUGGCCUCUCGAGGAGCUGCUGGCUGGCCCCAGUCCGAGCUACUCUAUGCCACGGAGGACCGUGGGCAUGGAUGGGAGGGCCGGUCUCCCAGCCCUUUCACUGCUCGGAGGUCCAGAGGUGACCAGACUGGGCCAGUGGCGUGUAUAGGGCUUGGUCUCCGUGGCAAGCCCAUCCCCGGCCCCACCGUGGAAGGCUGGGAAACUGAGCCUCUUAAAGAGGACACUGCUUUUCUGCUGUGGCCUCUGACCUCCUCCGUUUGAGACUGCCUCCUUCCAGUCUGGAGAACAUGAGCGCACUGAGAACUUCCUGCAUCCUGGAGCUUUUCUGCCCCCUACUUCGUGUAAGAACAGCGGCACCUGUGCUUGUCAGCCGCCAGCCGCGAGCCACAGAAGGCAGAGACGGAGGACGGAGACGGAGGGCGGUGAGCUGCCGAGGGGAGCGCUGGAGGAGACCGGGCCUGUUUGGCCGGCCUUCCUUGGUCCACGGCACGCACGCUGUGGUCGUGGUUCCAUGCUCCAGACGCUGGUUGACAUGUGUGGUCUCUAACACUAAUGCUGCUCUGGAAUCAAUGUGAUCGACCCUCGUGGGGUUCUGUGAUGAGCUCAGAGGCUGGCUGGAAGACCCAGUGCCCCGCGGGCCCAAGGUCAAAAGCCCCGGCCUGGGAUGUGAAGGCCCUGCGGCCCCCAGGACUUGGCCUUCCUCUGCAGGUUUGUCCUCUGAAGUUGAAACUCUUGAACCGACUUACGAGGGUACCUUAAAAAGCUUGGAGAAAGCAAAUUAAAAAAUAAGUUUGUUUUGGUGCAAAAGUGUUCAAAAUCUGUGUGUAUGAGGGGUCUUCAAAAGGUUCAUGGAAAAUGUGUAGGAUGAAAAAACUGCAUGGAAUUAAAUUGAUUUUUGCACUAAA